CUUUAUCCAUUUGUGUAUAAUCGUUGUUUGAAUUUUGUCUGACAUAUAUUUCAUUUGUUUUUUCUUCUGGAUUCAUGAAUUCAUCACUACAGAUCAUGAAUUCAUUUUCGACUGUGAUAUUGCUAGUGUUGUUAUUAUUUGGCCUUCAAUAUGGAAAGAUUAUCGUGGUGAAUGCUACUUGUUUGGAUCAUAUCACCGUUGAUAAUGAUGAACAACAUUCAAUUCAUAAACGAUCCAUCGAUCAUGAUUUUGGCAUACUACCAGAUGUUUAUUAUCAAAAUAUUGCACCAAUGCAGAAUGGUCAACCUGUUCAAGUGAAAGUGUCUGUCAUUAUAUUGAAUCUGAAAAUUGGUUCCAUUUCUACACAGGAUUUUGAAGUAGACAUUUUCUAUCAUCAACAAUGGAAUGAUCAUCGUUUGCAACCACCGACAAAUAUCGAGGCAAUGACAAAGAUGAAAACACAUGAUUCAAAUAUUGUACAAUAUCGCUUGACGGACAGAUGGAAAAAUCGUCUUUGGAUACCGAAUGUUUAUUUUCGAAAUGCCGUUUCUGGUUCCAUAUCGAAUAUUCUGACACCAACAUAUUAUUUUACUGUUACGAACUAUACUGAAGUAUUUAUGGCUGUACGUUUAAGCCUUAAACUUACAUGUCAUAUGAAUUUCUAUAAAUUUCCAUUUGAUACACAAAUUUGUUACAUUAAUCUUACAUCAACUUCAGAUGAUGCAAAUACAAUGCUUCUAUCAUGGCAUAUAUUUCGUAUUGGCAGUCAUGUUGAUGAAUCAGAAUUUACUGUUACUCAGGUGGAUCAUGAAUCUGAUUGUAUAAAACGAUAUAAAUUUGGCUCCUAUUCAUGUCUAUAUGGAAGUAUUAUAUUUAAACGAAAUAUUGGUAAAUAUGUUAUCAAACGUCUUGUUCCAUCAUUUAUUAUUGUUGUCAUAACAUUUAUUGGUUUUUGGAUACCUACAAACAUAUCACCAGCAAGGACCGCUCUGCCGAUCACUGCAUUGCUGGCACUAAUCACACAACAAAUUCAAUCCGAUUUAAAUGUAUCAUAUGUUUAUGCAUUACAAAUAUGGAAUAUUGUCUGCAUUAUAUUUGUAUUUGCAAAUCUAUUGGAGUUUGCAAUUGCAUUAUAUAUGAUACAUUGUGAUCAAGAACAGAAAUCAAAAAAACAUGAUCCACCACCAUCACUUAGCAUCUGGAAUGAUGGUAAAGAAAAUGUUAAUAAUCAACAACAACAACGGCAGCGGUCAACAUUAAAACGACGAAUGUCACAACAUUUUCAGACUACAACAAGACAUGCACAGAUUGAUGUUUAUGCCCGUUAUAUUUUUCCAUUAUUAUUUUUCUUAUUCAUUUUGGCAUUUGCAUUUUAUGUAUCUACAGAAUAAACGAAAAUUUUAAAAAUUUUUUGUACUUGGAAAAUCAAACAACUUAAAUUUAUUUAGAAAGCAAUUUCGUUUCGUGAUUCCUUAACCUCUUCAUACAAUACAUUUGAAAACGAAACAAUAAAACACUUAAGAAUCGAUUCAUUGAUCAA